AUGCAUGGACAGGGACGAACUACGAAAAAAAGUGAGCGAGGAGGAACUGAGAGUGGCACAAAAGAGAAGUCGGGAGAAUGGGUGUUGAUCGAUGAAACGAACAAAACCGAGUUACUAGCCUCUGGGGGGCUGGAUGCACCGCUGGCAUCUACAAGUGAAGCUACCGAGAGCAUGCUGCCAUUCGCUGAUGCAGACCUUUUGACGGAUGAAGGAUCGAAGUCAGACGACGGGGAGGACAGGGACUUGGACUGCCUGUCUUCCUCAGCUCCUGAUCUUGCUCAUACACGCAACUUAUCACGCACCUGGAGUGCGGCAAAUUCAUCACGCCCAGUACCUGGUGAAGAAAUCCCGCGCAAACCAGAUCUUACCCUACUAGACGAUGUUGAAGCUAGGUGGGAUACGAUCAAAGCGGUAUGCGAGUUGACAUCCAGCGCAUACAAACCUUCGAGCACCCUUGUGAAGACUCUCGAUACCAAAGCAUACCUUCUUCUAAAGCACCAACCCUGGAGACGGUUUGCGCUGCUGAUAUCCUUGUGCAAUGGGUAUCGCGAUCUUCGUGUCCACCUGUACGACCAUUCCGGAGGUGUCCAUAUUCGCGCAUACACUUCCGCAGACUCUCAAAACACAUUCUACUUGCCUCCUGCAGAACGAAGGUUCAUCCCAGGACGUCGCACCAACUCACUCCCCGGGCCAGAUCGAGAGCACAUCCCCCCCCAGUUCGAGAGUACAUCUUCACUUGCUAGUACCACUCCUCAGAUUGACUUGGAGACAGAACCUACCGAGGAUAACGCCGAUGAAGAUGACGGUAGCUUCCCAGUGGAACUCCCAAUAGAGAUCCCUCAGGAUCCUCUUCUCGAACCUCUGCCAGAGCCAAUCGGGAAGAUACGGGUCAACGACCAUUUUUAUGACAUUUUGGAUAUUAUUUUUUCGAGGCAGGGUCUUGUGGGCCGCGGUACUGUUUGCUAUCAUGUGAGGAAGAAUGAUGAGGAGUUUAUAAUCAAGGACUACUGGGCCAUUGGAGGAAAUAAAGAAGCCUUGAAUGAAAUCAAGAUGAUGGAGAAGAUGAAAGGCGUCCGUGGUGUCCCCCAGCUGGUUGAAUAUUGGCUCGUUGAGGUCACCCCUGGCAAGGUGGAUCAAACAGUGGAAUAUCGCUACAGGGUACAUUCCGUACUCACAUUCGCAGUGGUCUUGAAACCCCGGGGACGACCUUUACACAAAUUCCGCACAAAGUACGAGUUGCUGGCCUCGGUACGGGAUAUCGUGCAAAUUCAGAAGGAAGCAGUUGAACAACGCAAUGUUCUUCACCGCGAUUGUAGUCUCUUCAAUGCCAUGAUCGAGGACGAUGAUUGGGAGUUUGCCGUGAAGAUCUUGAAGAAUCAGAGUUACACUGUUGGGGGCACCAUCACACUUCUCCUGCAGCUCCACCUCAAGACUCCAACUGAUGUGCUCGAGCUUAAGGGGGCCUCAAGUUCGAGACCAUACCCACCCCCCCUAAUCAAGCACUGCUACCAAGACGACCUCGAGUCCAUGUUCUAUGUCUUCAUAUGGAUUCUCAUCGAGUUCAGGGGUCCCCUUGGCAUGAAGCGUAUUCUCGACAAGAGCCACAAUUGGAUACCGCACGAGUGGUCUGCCUCGAAGUUCAAGACAUGCUGCGAUAGUAAAACAUCAUUUUUUUGGCACGAUGAGCACUACGUCAAGGAGCUUACUGAACAAAUCCAUCCAUACUUCAAAAGCCUCAUUCCUGUUGUGUUGGAUUGGUGGUUGCUCAGGGCACUCAAGGAACAGGAUGAGAAAGAUGAGAAGGAGGGCCCAAGUGUUGAGGAAAAGAUGUCACAGUCGGUUGCUGGGACUCUGCCGGGCAACAAGAACAAGCGAGUCAUAGAUUAUCGAUGGACGAUGGAAGCUAUGCCCAAGCCGAAGAGGUCCAAGACUCGGAGAUAG